AUGGAACCUUCGAUCGCCGAGACGACAUCCGAGAAGGUGCCAAUUGAAUCUGCAGACAAGGAUUCGAACAUCUCUACAGAGAGUCAGCAUGUUGUGACAAAGGAGGUAGACGAGAAGGGUAAAGAUACUUCAAUCCUCAAGCCUGGGGAUGAAGUGGUCGAUGACCCUUCUGUCAGUCCAUGGACGAUUCGAAUGGUCUUUCUAGGUGCUGGAUUAUCCAUUUUCGGCGGUGUUCUCCAGGAAAUCUUCUACUUCAAACCCCAAACUAUCUACGUCUCUCAAGUCUUUUUGACUGUCAUCGCUUACGUUCUCGGAGAGGGCCUCGCCUGGGCAAUUCCUCGCAAGGGACGAAUUGGAAACCUGCUGAAUCCAGGUCCCUUCAAUGCCAAGGAACAUGCAGCUGUGGCCCUCAUGGCAUCAGCGGCAUCCCAAUCGGCCUUAGCCACAGAGGCCCUGGCCGCACAACAGCUAUUCUAUGGUGGAUACCCGAGUCAUGCAGCUGGUGUCUUUAUCACUUUGUCAUCCCAGCUCAUUGGUUACGGAAUUGCCGGAUUGCUUCGGGAUGUGAUUGUCCGACCUACUAAAAUGCUGUGGCCUAUGACCCUUCCCAUUAGUAGUUUGUUGGAAUCAUUACACCGGGACAAGCUGGAGUCAAAAGCGCGGCUUAAGAUAUUCUACAUCGUUUUCACCGCUCUUUUCUUCUGGACCAUUGUUCCUGAGUGGAUUUUCCCGGUACUGGAAGGUGUUUCAAUCUUUUGUCUCGCUAAUCAGUCCAGCCUUGUCUUUACCAACCUCUUUGGUGGUGCAUCUGGAAAUGAAGGACUGGGAUUCUUGUCUUUCUGCUUCGAUUGGAAUUAUGUUGCCUCCCUCGGAUCGCCAUUAUGGUACCCGCUAUACGCACUGACAAACACAUUCAUCGGAUAUCUCGGCUGCAUCAUUCUAUUUCUGGGUGUCUACUAUGCGAAUAUUUUCAACUCCCAGAAUUUCCCCUUCCUCUCACAGCUGUUAUUCUACGGUGACUCGAACUCUACCUACUUCCACACCUACAACCAAACUGCAAUUCUAAAUCCCGAUUUCACCGUUAAUGAGACCCUGUUGAAAGAGCAAGGAAUUCCUUGGCUUACCGGAAGCUACCUUUGCUACUUGAUCACAUCCAACAUGGGCCUGACUGCGACUUUUACUCAUAUGCUACUAUGGAACUUCGAUGACAUCAAGCCUGGAUGGGCUUGGGCUACUCCGUCUGCUCUCAAGAAGUGGUUCGAGGUGGAAACUUACAAAUUCUGGGCAAAUCAGGAGACCCCUGAACAGCGCUUAGAGCGAAAGUUGAACGAUGAGUCGUUGGAUCCUCACUACAGACUGAUGCUUCGCAACUUAUACGAUGAGUGUCCUCAAUGGUGGUGGGGAGCCGUGUUACUCGGCAGUUUCAUUGCCGGCAUCGCUUGUCUUUACUCUAUCAAGUCUACACUGCCGUGGUGGGGUUUCAUUGUCGCCAAUAUCCUCACUGUCGUUUUUAUGCUUUUCUUUGGGGCUCAAUAUGGUCUUACAGGAUUUCAGUUUAAUAUUCAACCCAUUGCACAGAUGCUUGCUGGAUACAUGUUUCCCGGAAAGCCCCUUGCGAAUCUUUACUUCACUUGCUAUACCUACAACUCUCUUCAGAUGGGGCAAGUCUUGGCUAAGGAUCUUCGACUCGCUCAAAACGUUCACUUGUCCCCACGAAGCACAUUCUUCGUCCAGGUUGUCGGUUGUGUGGUUGGAGCUCUAUUCAACUACGUUAUGAUGUUGACGAUUGUCCGAUCUCAAGCCGAUGUUCUCAUUUCAAUUGAUGGUACAAACAUCUGGAGUGGCCAGAACUUCAAUACUCUCGCCAUUGCCUGGAGCAUAGCCAAGGACAUGUUUUCCAUCGGUGCCCGCUACCAGUGGGUCACGAUAUCCUACCUUAUUGGCUUCUUCGUCCCAUUCCCAUUCUGGAUAGCGAAUAAGUUCUACCCUCACCGCGCCUUCUCCUACAUUAACCUGUCCAUUAUUCUUUGGUACAUGGGCUGGUUGUUCGUGGGUAUCAAUGCCUCGAUCCUGAUGUACUUCAUUCUGGGCUUCGGCGCACAAUGGUGGCUUCGAAAGUACCACCCACAUCUCUUCAACAAGUACAACUAUAUCGUCAGUGCUGCCUUGGACGGCGGUACCCAAGUUUGUGUCUUUAUUUUGACAUUUGCGGUUUUCGGUGGAAGUGGUACUGCGCAGUCCUUCCCGACAUGGGCUGGAAACCCGAGUGCGAGCCAUAACCUUGACUAUUGUAUGGUCAACCCGGCUGUUAGUGUAUAA